AUGGCAAAGAUUGUACAUAUGACGUUAGCCACGAUUGUACUUGCUGAGUGGAAAAUCCUUUCACAACAUUUUGAAAAUCAAAAAUAUGAUCAAAAACAAACAUUUCCUUGAAAUAUAUCAAUAUAUAGUAUAAACUUUACCAACCGCUGAAAAAAUUUAUCCUUUUUUCUAUUUCAAUGAUUUAGAGCAGAUUUAAAAGUAUUGUAUACUGUAAAGUCAUACAGUUAAACUUCAAUAAUAAAUAAUAAAUAGUGAAAAUGGGCGAAGGAGAAUGUGUCGUUUUACCUGAUGAACAACCGAAAAAAUCCAGACAUCGUAAAAAAUACCUUUAUCACACCAUUUUACAACAAAUGGAAUUUUAUUUUAGCGACUCAAACCUUUCCAAAGAUAGAUUUCUGUCACAGUUACUAAGUCAAAGUCCAUAUAUUGAUAUCGACGUCUUCUUAAAAUUCAAUAAAAUUCGAAAAUUAAACUGUAAUAUUGAAGAUAUUCAAAAGGCUUUAAGAAACAGUACUGUGAUUAGAGUAUCUGAAGAUGGUACUAAAGUAAAACGAAACAAAGCUAUAAAAGUAAAUGAAAAUGUUGAUUUGUGUACUAUUUAUGUAGAAAAUAUUAAAGCAGAUUCUGAUCAUGAGAGUUUAUCGCAAAUAUUUUCUGAUUUUGGUAAUGUAGUUUAUGUGUCAAUUCCUAAAUAUAAGCAUAAUAAAGCAAAUAAAGGAUUUGCCUUUAUUGAAUAUGAAAAUGAAGAUCAAGCUAAAGAGGCAAUUUUAUUUUUUGAUAGUAUAGGUUGUAAAAUACCUUCUGAGAGAAAACCUGAAGAAUUACAAAGUAUACUUACUUUCGAAAAAGAGGAAUCCACAGAAGAAUUUAACCCAAUUAGUGGAGAUAUAAAAAAGAGGAAACUUAGUUUUGAUGAAGAUUUACAAAAUAAGAAAUCAAAAACUUCUGAGGAAGGUACGGAUGACUCACAAAUUAAUAGCUUCGAAGAUACUGAAGGAAAGAGAAAGGAGAAAAAUAAUGAAAUUAUCUCAUCCACAUUAGUCGUUAAUGUAGAUAUUCCAGAACCUAUUAGUGAAGAUAUAAAAAAGAGAAAACUUAGUUUAGAUGAAGACUUACAAAAUAAGAAGUUGAAGGCUUCUGAAGAAGUCACAGGUGACUCACAGAUUAAUAGUGUAGAAGAUACAGAAGGAAAGAAAAAGAAGAAAAAUAAAAAGGAUAAAAGAAAAUUAUUCAUCAAAGAACUUGGAAUGCAAAUUAUGUCAAAAAAGGAAUGGAAGAAACUAAGAAAUCACUACUUGGAUCUACAAAAGAAAAAAAUGAAAGAAUUUAAACUUUAUUUAAGAAAACAUCAAACCAAUAUCAAAAGAAAAGAACCAUACAAAAACAAACAAUUAGAUGAAAAUCAUGAUUCCACUGAGGAUUCUAAAUUAACUUAUGUUCCAGGGGUUAUUGUAAAGUUGACGUUACUUGAACCAUGUAAUGAUGCUAAAAAAUUAAAGAAUGAAAUUAAAGUUUUAUCAUCAGAUAUUAAAUAUGUAGAUGUACCUAAUCAAGUGGGAAGUGAAGAAGCAUUUUUACGAUUUAAUUCUAAUGAAGCUGCAAAGCAGUUUUGUACUAAAGAUUUUAUGGGUGAUAAAACAAUUCUAACAGACGAGGAUGAGAAGUCUUAUUGGGAUAAAAUUAAUAAAGAUCGGCUGCUCAAGUUCCAGAAAUUAUCUAAAAAGCAGAGAGGUAGAGAGAAAUUAUUGAAGAAAGCUGAUAAGGACACGGUUACUCAUCUGAGAUUUGAAGAAAAUGAUUAAAUAUUUUAUAAUUUUCAAGAAAUAAAUUAGGUUUCUUAUUUCCCAAAGUA